UAGAGUCAUGGUAGAUAAUCCUCAUUACGACACAAUUGCUUCCAUAGUAAAGUGUAUUGAGAUUUGUAAAUGACGUGUAAUUUGUUGCUUCAAAAAUGGUGUUACUUACUAUCGUUUUAAUAAAUAUUGCUGUUUACGCAUCAGUAGUUAUUUAUUGUAAACUAACAUGUGGUAUUAAUAAGUGCAGCAAACAUUUAGUGGGAAAAGUCGUGUUGGUAACCGGUGGAAAUACUGGAAUCGGCUUCGAAACAGCAAAAGAUCUAGCAGAUAGAGGUGCCAAAGUCAUAUUAGGCUGUAGAAGUGUACAACGAGGUACUUCAGCCAGAGAUAAAAUAAUUGCCGAAACUGGAAACAGUGAUGUACACUUUCGACAGUUGGAUCUAGCCUCCUUUAAAUCGAUAAGAGAAUUUGCUGAUGAUAUUAUAAAGAAUGAAAAACAACUACACAUAUUGAUUAAUAACGCGGGUAUGGUUGGCACGAGUCACAAAUUAACUGAAGAUGGAUUACUUCUCGAUAUGCAAACCAAUCAUUUUGGGCCAUUUCUACUUACAUCGUUAUUACUUCCUCUGCUCAAAUCGAGUGCACCCAGCCGAAUCAUUAACGUAUCGUCGGCAGCUCACACAAGUGGCAAAAUUAACUUUGAUGAUUUGAAUAAGCAGAAAGAAGCAUAUAAAUCAUUUCAAGUAUACAGUGACUCUAAACUAUGCAACGUGCUAAUGACAUUAGAAUUAUCCAAAAGAUUGAAAGGAACAGGAGUCACUGCUUACAGUCUUCAUCCGGGCGGAGUAUCAACAGAAAUUUUUAGAGAUGUUUGGUGGAGUCCUUUACUUAUGAUUGUUGUAGGGCCAAUUUUUAAAACGUCUUGGGCUGGAGCUCAAACCACAAACUAUUUGGCUGUAUCACCUGAAGUCGACGAGCUCAGUGGCAAAUACUUUGCAGAUUGUCGUGAAAAGCCAACCUCACUUCUUGGUCAAGAUGAAAAGUUAGCUGAAAAACUAUGGCAUGUCUCUGAAAAACUUACGAAAUUGAAAUAAAUGUUUCAAAUAGUUAAGUAUUUUACUUUACGAAAUUUAUUUUACUUUUUCACUCUUUUAAUCGAUGUAUUUGAUAAGAUAUCAAAUAUAAUCUGAUAGUAAGCAAAUAAGUUUUUUUUUAUUUCGCUUUAUUAAUAUAUUUCAAUUUUGAAGUAUAUGUAAGAUUUGUAUCUUACAUAUUUCAAAAAUAAAGUAUUA